AUGGUCUAUGUUAUUUCAAUUAGUACCAGUGACUUAGAAAAGAGGCAUCCAAGAGGCAUCCAAGAUGCAUCUAUUCAGUUAAGUCAAGACGUAUCCAGACUGGACGACAAUUUGUGGACUGGCCAUUUCAAUUGUGUUUACUAUUUGCAAAAAGAUUUCAAUAUUAGCAUGCAACAACAUUCGUGCAAGGAUCAAGAACAAAGUAAUCGUGCCAAGGGUGGAAAAUAUGCUAGGCAUGAUCGCAAUGGCAAUGACCGUCACAAUCGAUCAUCAACCGGUGCAAAUGACGAAGGAGAAUGCUAUCCUAAAGUUAAGGAGUGUCCAAUAGACAACCAAGCUCAAAUCAAUCCUGGAAAUAAAUUCCAAUAUACGCGUCAUCAGGACGAAAGUGGUGCUAACCGCUUCUCACGCGGGUAUAAUCAUAACAAUUAUAAUAGUCGACGUCCAUCGAAGCAAAAUGAUCAACAAGAUCGUCAUGCUAACAACUACAAGAAGAAUUAUAAACGCCAUCCAACUAGGAAUGGAACGCCACAAGAAAACCCCUUUCACGAUCACUCCAAUCAACCUUAUGGUAACAGAUCUCAUAGGCAUCAAUUCCACCAGCAUACUACGACGGACUCUCGCAAACAACCUUUAUCCUAUGAUCAAAUCACUCAAACCACACAACAAGCCCAAUUCAAUCCUACAACGAACGAUACUCUCUCUACCGAUGUACAAGAUGUCUAUGCACAUCCAUUAGAAAUGAACAAUAAUCAGCCUACUCCUAGAUAUGAUGAUAGAUAUGAUGAAAACUAUGGAAAACGACAUCAAAAUGAUAAAGAUAGCAAUGUUCGAUAUUCUGAUGGAGUCAAGAAUCAUGAUAGAAAUAGACGUAAAAGUUGGAAUAGAGAACGUGAUACCCAGAAAUAUACACGUAGAGGUAAAGGCAGAGGUAAAUUGAGUAGUAGGAAAGAAUCCAAGCAAGAAACUGCAAAUUCUACCAAUGAUCAUGACAACAACGUUCAGGAUGAUCAAUUAGAUAAGAAUAAUCCUAGCCGUAAAGAUGAAAACGAGUUGAAUUAUAAAAUCAAUAGAAAUAGUGUCGAUCAACACGAAAUUCCAUUACCACCAAGUAAAACUACUCGACAUAGAAAAGGUGACAGAUACGAAAACUCUUUUCAAGCAAAUUGGAGAAAUUCGCAUGGCCAUAAUAACAACAACAACAACAAAAUUUCCAAUAUUAAUGUUCGAUAUAUGAAGAAGAAGAAUAUCCCUCCAAAUAUACAACGACAACAUGAUGAAAAUCAAAUGGACAUACUUAUCGAACAGUUACAUAAAGAAGAAUAUGAUUGCAUGAUCUGUUGUGAAGCUGUUAAAAUCAACUCUCGAAUUUGGAGCUUUUUACUACUAUUUUUGAACAAUAUUGCCUUCCAUCUCAAACAAAUAGAAUCCAGCGAGCAAUGGAGAUGUCCAGCAUGCCAGAAUUUAAUAGAUUACGUACCCCAUCAUUAUAAAUGCUUUUGCGGUAAAUCAACCAAUCCUAAACCUGAUCGCUAUGGCUACAGUGUGCCACAUUCUUGUGGAAUGUUAUGCCAUAAGAAACGUUCAGUAGAACAUUGUACUCAUCUCUGCAAUAUGCCUUGUCAUCCAGGACCAUGUCCACCUUGCCCUGCCACAAUUAAUAGAAAGUGCUCAUGUGGUAAAUCUAGUACUCGAGUCCGCUGUGGCGUAUUAACAGAAAUUAACUGUGGCGUAGAGUGCAAUAAAUUACUUUCAUGUCAAACGCACUACUGUAAAGAAAUUUGUCAUGCAGGAGACUGUUCACCCUGUGAAUUGAUCAUUGAUCAAGGAUGCUAUUGUGGAAGUAGUUCACGUCAAGCAUUAUGUGGUACAGGCGACAUGUCAAUAAAUUCUGAUGGUAAAAUUGGAUAUUAUUCUUGCGAAAAUAUCUGUGGAAGGAUGUUAGAUUGUGGUAACCAUUACUGCACUAAACCAUGUCAUGCAGGACAAUGCCCUUCGUGUUCUUUGCUUCCUGAAAAUAUAAAAACUUGUCCUUGCGGAAAAGUCGAUAUUUCUACAUUACUAUCUGAACCUAGAAAUUCUUGUACAGAUGCCAUUCCCACAUGUAAUAAUAUAUGUCAACGAGAAUUAAAUUGUCGCGAUAAGCACGGUCAACCGCACUUGUGUGAAAAGCCAUGCCACAUAGGUGUUUGUGGACCUUGCGAAAAAUCAACAGUAAUUAAAUGUGAUUGCGGGCGAGAAAAAAAAGAAAUCGCGUGUGUUGAGCUAGAGCAAAAUAUAACUUUCAAGUGUAAUUAUACGUGUAAUAAGAAGAAGAAAUGCGGUCGUCAUCGAUGCAAUAAAAAAUGCUGUAAUGAUACCGAACAUAUAUGUGAUCUUGUAUGUAACCGGAAGCUUACAUGCGGACUUCACCUAUGUCAGGAACCGUGCCAUUCUGGAAAAUGUUUGCCUUGUCCUAAUUUUAGUAUAGAUGAAUUACGUUGUUACUGUGGUGAGGCCGUUAUUUAUCCGUUAGUCCCUUGCGGAACUAGACCACCUCCUUGUGAUAACUUGUGUCAAAGGGAGCACGAUUGUGAUCAUCCAGUUACACACUCGUGUCAAAGUAAAGAUUAUGAUGGUUGCCCAAACUGUACAUUUCUAACGACGAAGAUUUGCAUGGGUGGACAUAAGGAAAUGCAUAAUAUCCCUUGUCAUAUCAAGAAUGUAUCUUGUGGCGAAUUAUGCUUGAAGAAACUACCAUGCUCACAUCAAUGUCAACGGUAUUGUCACAGUGGAGAUUGUUUAGAUGAAAAAAAUAAAUGUCGACAGCCAUGUCAAAGACCACGUAGUGAUUGCGAGCAUCCUUGCAAUAGUCCUUGCCACGGUGAUACUCCGUGUCCUGAUCUACCUUGUAAACAUGAGAUCACCAUUAAAUGUGAUUGUGGAAGAAGACAAGCUGUGAUAUUAUGCUCAGAUAGAAACAAUCCUAAAUAUAGGCGUCACAAUGCAUCCAAGUUAUACAUGAAGCUGCACUCGCAACAGAUUGGUGAUAAUUCGGUUGAUAUUACAGAUAUAAUUACGUCAGAUAACAGAGAGAAUAGGCGUUUGGAAUGUGAUACCGAGUGCGCUCGCCUCGAGAGAAAUCGAGCUUUGGCUAAAGCAUUGGAUAUUCAAGAAUCGCAAGUAUUCAGGGAAGAAUACUCCAAGACGCUAUUAGAAGAAGGGCAACAUAAUUUAAACUUGGUUUUAUCAAUUGAAAAAUCUUUAGCAUUGAUAGUUAACAGAGCUCUAGAAACUGGCGAAGUUCAACGCUUCUCUUUUCCGAUCAUGAAAGCAAAACAACGACAGAUCAUUCAUGAACUGGCGGAACAUUAUGAUUGUAAUACAAGUAGCUAUGAUGAAGAACCGAAGCGCAAUACUGUAGCAACUGCUGGCAGACUAUCAAGAAUUCCCAAGAAUACAUUAAGCGAAGAAAUUAACCAAAUUAACAAGCGAAAAUGCCAGUCAAAUGUAGCAAUAGAAGAAAGCCGUGCAAUGUUAAAUAAAAUUGCCUUAAAAGAAGGAGAAAAGGCCAAAAAAAUUGACUAUUUCAGCGAUGAUUGGAGUUAA